AUAAUGAAAUUGCAAGAUAGAUAAUGCAAAGAAGUUGAGGGAAAAAAGGACAUGAAGAAAUUACAAUGGACUACUUGUAGAGAAAGAAAAAUAUGAGAGUAAAUCAAUAUGCAACAUAUGUCAUGUUACAAAUCAAGUAUUGUGACACAUAAGGGCGAAUUUAGGAUGGGAGGAUGUUCACCCAAAUUCUCUCAGCAAAUAAAUUUUUUUUUUAUAUACAAAGUAAUAGUUUUUAAGUAAUAUAUAACUUUUUUUUUAUCCUUUAAGUUUAGGUUUAUAAGUUGGCUUAGUGAUUUAAAGGUUCAAAAUUCGUCUUGAGACUUCAAGUGCAAAUCUCAAGUAGUCUAAUUUAUUUUUUAAUCCUUCUGAAAAUUCUAAAUCCACAACUAAUAACACUUGUCUUCUUGCAUGACCGUCAAGUGUUCUUCUACAUACAUAUUGUGUGUCAAGUAUAAUCUUAUAUGAUUACCAAAUUCCUUUUGUAUGCUCGCUAAGUGUCUCAUGAUAUGCUUGCCACAUGUCACAUAUACAUGCUUAUUAUGUGUAAGCAUGACAUGACUACACAUGUCCUGUUACAUGAUCGUCAAGUGUUCUUCUGCGUACACAAGACUGAAAGCUCCUGAUCGAACUAGUUGUAACACCAAUCAGCAUUCAUAAUUUAAUAUUUGUAUUUUUCUACUACUAACAAAUACUACUAGUAAAAGUAUAGUACUCCUGAGAAGACUCUUUUAAGUUUUUCCAGAUACAAUUAAAAAAAUUGUAUAUCUUUUUAUUUUCUUUUUCGAGAAAUCCAAUCAACAGACGGAAUAGCUAAAGCUUUCUUAGAUCAAGAAGAAAAGUGUCAAUAAACUUCUCCACUAAGUUUCUUCCGGCGACCAACCAUGACCGGCGGUGGAGGCGACGCCGCAACACCGCCGUUAUCCUCACAGUCAACGUCAGCUAACGGCGGCGAAUUCCUUCUUCAAUUGCUUCAAAGUCAUCCGCAUCAUCACCAUCGCCACCACUCUCAGCCGCCACCGUCGCCACUACCACCACAACCAACGCCGCCGGAGUUGCAUACUCUACCACCUGAUCCAGCAGUUGCAGCAGUGGGUCCCAGUAUGCCCUUCCCGCCAUUCCACCAAGCUCCGACUAACCCUUCUGCUUUGCCGUACUCUCACUCUCCUCCUCUUUAUGUACCUCACAAUUUCUUCAUUCGAGGGUGUAUGCAAAACCCUAACCCUAAUUACUCAUCUCCUCCUCCUGCUCCAAGUGGGUUUAGUCAAUAUCAACAUGGUAGUGCUAGUCCACUUGGAUUUGGAUCAGUUGGACAAAACAUGGGAAAUUUGGGGAUUUUUGGUAAGGGGAGCAAUUCAAGUCAUGAGUUUGAUCAAAAUUUGAUUUUUGGAUCGUUAAGUAGAGAUAUUCAAGGUAAUGUGAGUAUGCUAAGUGAUGAUUUAGCUGGUAAAGUUGGUAACUUUGCACAGAAAAAUAAAGAAUCAAGAUUAGGAAAUGUUAGGAUGUUGAAUGGUGUGGAAAGUAAGCUUGAAAAUGCUAUUGGUUCGGGUCGGAAACAGUUGGGCAAUUUAAGGCAACAGAACAGUACUAGUGGUGUUGGUGGAAGUGAGAGUGGGGGUUUUGGGCGGGGAGGACAGUUUCAUAGAGGGAAUGUAAGAGGGGCUGCACCACCACCAGGUUUCUCUAGCAAGUCGAGGAGCAGGGAGUUUGAGCAUAAUGUGGAUAAUGAGAGGAGCAAUUUUGUUGAGUUGAAUAAUACGGGUAUUGGCGUGAAUCAUAAGUAUGAAAGGGAAAGUAAGCAUCUCUUGAGGAAUGGUAAGAAUUAUGCCAUGGGUUCAGAUGAUCGAGGGGUUUUUCGUCAGCUGGAUUCACCCGGCCCACCAGCAGGAAGUAAACUUCACUCUGUUUUAGUGUCUGAUGUUGAGGAUUCUAUGUUGGAAUUACGUGGUGAGGAUGCUGAGAGUGGGGGAGAAACUGUCACUGGAAUGAGGAAUGUGCAGGGCAGGAGUGUUUCUCGAGGCCAAAGUGAAUUGGAUGAAUUGGGAGAACAUCUUAUUAGUUCUCUUGGAAUUGAAGAUGAACCAGAUGAAAGAAGUGAUAAAAAGAAACAUCAUGCCUCUCGUGAUAAGGACUACCGAUCAGACAAGAGAGGAGCAUUUAUACUUGGCCAGAGGAUGAGGAUGUUGAAAAGACAGAUUGCAUGUCGCAGUGACAUUAAUAGGAUGAAUGGUGCUUUCCUAUCAACGUAUGAGUCCUUAAUACCUCCAGAGGAAGAAAAGAUAAAGCAGAAACAGUUAUUAGCACUGCUAGAUGGAAUUGUUAGCAAGGAGUGGCCUGAUGCUCGGCUCUAUGUUUAUGGAUCAUGUGCCAAUUCUUUUGGAUUCUCGAAAAGUGAUAUUGAUAUUUGCCUUGCAAUUGAGGAUGCAAAUAUUGACAAAUCAGAGGUGUUGUUGAAGUUGGCUGACAUGUUGCAGUUGGACAAUCUCCAGAAUGUGCAGGCGCUAACGCGUGCGAGGGUGCCUAUAGUCAAGCUUAUGGAUCCAGAAACUGGGAUAUCUUGUGAUAUAUGUGUGAAUAAUGUUUUGGCUGUUGUUAACACGAAGCUGCUUCGAGAUUAUGCACAAAUAGAUGUACGAUUAAGGCAGUUGGCGUUUAUUGUUAAACACUGGGCUAAGUCAAGAGGGGUGAAUGAGACUUACCAGGGGACGUUAUCUAGCUAUGCGUAUGUGUUAAUGUGCAUUCACUUUCUACAGCAGCGAAGACCUGCCAUCCUUCCAUGCCUACAGGGAAUGGAAGCAACCUACUCUGUUACUGUUGACAACGUUGAAUGUGCUUACUUUGAUAAAGUGGAAAAGCUUUAUGGUUUUGGAUCUCACAAUGGGGAAAGUCUUGCUCGGUUGGUGUGGGCAUUCUUCAACUACUGGGCAUAUUGUCACGAUUAUGCAAAUGAUGUUAUUUCUGUGCGUUCCGGAAGCACAGUGAGCAAGCGAGCCAAAGACUGGACUAGGAGGAUUGGGAAUGACAGACAUCUGAUAUGCAUAGAGGAUCCAUUUGAGGUUUCUCAUGAUCUUGGUCGGGUGGUAGACAAGUUCAGCAUAAGAGUACUGAGGGAAGAAUUCGAACGAGCUGCUGAAAUAAUGCAGUAUGACCCGAACCCUUGUGUGAAACUCUUCGAACCCUAUGUACCUAGCUAAUUUGGCCUUUUAUUCAAGAAAAACAACCAAUAAUUAUAGGAAUGUCCCUCGUGGUGUAAAUUUGUUAUUAAGUUUUUUUUUUUUUUUUAUCCCUUCUGGUUUUGGCUUUCACCUAAGUGUAUUUAGGCGCUUUUGAUCUUCAUCUGGCAUCUAGGUGUUUAUGAUGUAAAGAACAAUCUCCUGAAUUCCAUGGUAUGUAUUCUAUUUAUUUGCA